AGCCAAGAAAUGGGUCGUUUUAUACAGCUCAGUGGAAAUCUCUGCACAAGUCACGGCUGAGAUGCAUGUGUGUAAUGAUCGUUGUGCUUACAUUUGAUCCUUGGCACUGCCUCCACCGUGGGCUCUGGGGACUGGCUGCCCCAUCUGGAAAGCUGUGUUAGAGAGCCAGGGAGAAUUGGGAAGAGCAUCAGGAGACUUUGGCAAAAACCUCGAUCAGGAGACAGAUGUGUAAGGCUAGGAUUUAUCAGCCUUAAUGGGAACUUAAAAAGUGUCUUCGGCAAAAAGCUGGAGAAGGCAGAGCGUCAGACUGUUCCUGGCCUGCCACACCGCAAGUGGAAUUAGAAAGGGCUGAGAACCCGCAUGAGGUAUUGCAGCACUGGUGUCCCCCUUAGUCAGGCCAAGGUUCUAGGACUGCUGCGGGGGUGGAUGAUUCUGUGGCUGCCAGGCGCCGAGUGCUCGGCCCAGCCCGCGGGGGCGGGUUGCCGGGCGGUGCGGGGCUGCCGGCCGAGCCCGGCGGGGCCGUGCCCGCGGUUGCCGGGGCGGCGGGGCGGGCUGUCCGCCGGAAGCACCGGCGGCGGCGGAUGGAGGCUGAGCCGGAGCGAGCGGAGGCGCCGCGCAGGGGCGGCGUCGCCGGGGUUCCACCACCUAAACCCCCACGCCGGCAAGGAGGCUGGGCAGAUGAUCCCGUGCUGGCACCUACCAAUCCCUUACCUGCCCAGCUCAUUUCAUGCUUGUGUAAACUUGUCAGGAAGAAAGCAUGCAGAAGAAUUAGAAGACCAUCGUCUCAGACAGCAGAGCCUGGAGGCAUCAGAUGAUGGAGGAGACAUCCCUGUGAUCCCUGACUUGGAGGAUGUCCAGGAGGAAGAUCUGGCCAUGCAAGUGGCAGCUCCCCCCAGUGUGCAGGUGAACCGAGUGCUGACCUACCAUGACCUGGACAAAGAUCUAAUGAAAUAUGCUGCCUUCCAGACUCUGGAUGGGGAGGUAGACCUGAAGCUCCUCACCAAAGUUUUGGCUCCAGAGCAUGAACUACGAGAGGAUGAUGUCAGCUGGGAUUGGGACCAUCUCUUCACAGAAGUGUCAUCGGAACUAGUGACUGAGUGGGACCUGGGACAGUCGGAGAGGGAGGACCACCUCAGUCUCCCAUAGAGCUCUGAGACACCAGAUGCCUCAUACAUCCAUCUCCUGUAAAUAGUUAAGCACUUAAAUUUUCAAUUCACUUGUUUAUAUUUGAGAAUUUAUUUCAGACAUGAAAGUAAAUAGGACUUUGCUUCAUAGAAAAAUUGUCUUGGGAGAAGUUUUAGUUAUUUUUUAAUAAGAAUUUUUGUUCUCAAAAGAAAUUAAUUCUAAACACAAUAAAAUAUUUACUUAUAAA